GUAAAACACACGGACCACUUGUCGGCUGUCUUACAAAGCUUUGCACCAAGAUUCUUUAUUAAGCACCCAAAAAAGGCUCAUUGAAUCACGGACCCUUCUUUCAUAACUCACCUGACCACUCUCAUUUUGACACACCCAUAACAAUCCUUCACUACCACUAAAAAGAUUUUCAUUUUUAUUUUUAUUUUUUCAUGCCAUACUAUUCACUCAAUAACUAAUUCUGUGAGCUUUGGAUAGCUUAGAAUACAGAUUUCAACUUUUACAAAGUAAUACUACUACAAGUUUAAUAAUAUAGAAGUAUGAACUUUAAGAAUUUUGGGAACCAGCAGGCAGGGGAGGUAGAAGGAGGGAGUGGGAGACCGCCGGGUAGUUUUCAUUUAGCGAGACAGGGGUCGAUAUAUUCGUUGACUUUUGAUGAGUUACAAAACACUAUGGGUAGUAUUGGUAAGGAUUUCGGGUCAAUGAACAUGGAUGAAUUGUUAAAAAGCAUUUGGAAUGCUGAAGAAGUCCAAACAACGGGUUUAAACACGGCUAAUGGUGCUCAAGAAGGUGGUGGUGGUGGUGGCGGGGCUGUUGGUGGUGGUGGACCGACGAAUAUACAACGACAAGGGUCAUUGACUUUACCACGAACGUUGAGUCAGAAGACGGUGGACGAAGUUUGGAAAGAUAUAUCUAAAGAAUAUAAUGGUUUUGGACAACCGGAUUUACCACAAAGGCAACAAACUUUAGGUGAGAUGACACUUGAGGAAUUUUUGGUUAAGGCAGGAGUUGUAAGGGAAGAAGAGCAGUUAGUUAAUAAACCGAAUGAUAAUGGGGUGUUUACUAAUUUGACAAAUUCACAAAAUAGUCCUGUUUUUGGUACUAUUGGAUUUCAACAGGCUGCAGCAAGUAGAAAUGCAGCAGCUGUGAAUGUUAAUAAUAGCAACCAAAUUGCAUUUCAGUCGACGGGUAAUCUGCCUUUGAAUGUAAAUGGAGUUGGAGGUACACAAAAUCAACAACAGAACCAGCAGUUGUUUCCUAAACAAACUAAUCUUUCGUAUGGAGGUCCAAUGGCUACACCGAGUAGUAAGCCAUUGGGAAGUCCUGGUAUUAGGAAUGGAAUCAUGGGUAUUUCUGAUAAUACCAUGAUGAAUGGGAAUAAUAUGGUGUCGAAUGGUAUUUUACAAGGCGGGAUUGGUGGUAUGGUUGGUUUAGGGGCAUCCGGGGGUGGUAUGACAGUUGCUGUUGGGUCUCCUGGAGUUUCAUCAGAUGGAAUGGGGAAGAAUAAUGGAGAUUCAUCUUCGCUUUCACCGUCCCCUUAUCAGUUUAAUGGAGUUGUGAGGGGAAGGAAAAGUAGCACGGUUGAGAAAGUUGUUGAAAGGAGGCAAAGGCGGAUGAUAAAGAACCGAGAGUCAGCUGCAAGAUCACGGGCACGUAAGCAGGCUUACACCAUGGAACUGGAAGCAGAAGUCUCAAAAUUGAAAGAGCAAAAUAAAGAAUUGAAAAGAAAGGCGGAUAUGAUGGAAAUGCAGCAGAAUCAGCAGGUUAUGGAAAUGAUGAACAUGCAGCCUGGUGCAAAACGGCGUUAUGUGAGAAGAACACAGUCCGGUCCAUGGUAAAGAUAUUCAAAAGAGGAUCAUGGGCGUUACUAAAAGAAGUUGACCCAAGUGCACCAAAGGCUGCUUGACAGUUGACAUUUGAGAGGGCUAAAAUGGAGAAAGAAUUUUUCUACGUGUACAUAUUUCGUGGAAAAGAACUUCAGAGUUAGAUUAAUUAAGGAUGUGAGUCAUAUGUUACUUGAAUUCUAAUAUCUUCAAACUCCAUUGUUAUGUGAAGUAGAAGUAGCGGAAAUAUGAGGUUAGGUUUUUACAUAUUCGUAGGCAAAUUCAGGUUGCCAUGAGUGUUUUGUUUUGUUUAGUAUCAUUCGUAAUCGUUUUAGUUUUUCGUUGCAAACUAACUCUCGUGAUGAAAGUACCAUAAAUAAGUUCGACUUGCAA